AUGGCGGAUAGUCGACGUCUAGCGCUAGAGCGAUGGCGUGAGGAGAAACGUCGUCAGAAGGAGAAUGAUGUCCAUGCAACCGUUAAAGCCUCUCGUUCUACACGUCGUGCGAUCGCUCACAGAAAAGCUCGAGGAGCUCCAGAGCGUACGCGUGUAGCCAAACAACAGCGAGAAAUGCCGGUAACUGUAGCUCGUCGAGCGUCUCGAGAUCUACAGCCAUUAGCAUCGAUAAAGGAGCUGGAAAGGGAGCAGGAGCUGCUGUUCAAGACCUCAGCAAAGGUGAAAAGUGAUACUGAGAUUGAUCAAACAACUUCCACAGCGCCAAUGGAAAGUAUGGAAUUCAGCACUUUCUCGACUAGCAAGAAGAGACGCAGAAGACGGAGUUACAUCUCUCCAAUGUCUAAUGCACCGUCCCUGGCUGGAGGAGCACAGCGAGUGCGGACGCCCACGCAACCGCUGCUAGAAAAUGAGAGUGGCGAUGAUGGAGGGAUGGACGAAGAUGCAGAAGAAACGACCCCAGAUACGGUGUCAGGUCCAAGGCGUGUUAGUGUGCAAAUGCGACAGAACAAGAGCAAGAGCGAGGAAGCUGCUGGGGUGACACCAUACAAGACAGAGCAGGAAGGGAAAGAGGGACAUGGUUCCUCGAGAGAAAUGGUCUCGUUCGGAAGUAUUGGUGCGGCACUUCGCGUACCACACGAUGUUUUGAGGAAAGAGAGCGAAAACAAAAGUGAUGCUGGUCUGGAAAUACCACUUAGUCCUACGUUGCAAGCAAAGAAGAAUCUACAUCUAUCUCUAGCUGUGCCGGAUUACGAUGAUAGCGCAAACAUUCACGUUGAAAUUCCACGGUCCGAAGGCAAGCUGGUUUUUCCCGAUCGUGUUCGAUUGGAUCCAGCACAGAUACCAACAAGGACCAGCAUUGAUCGAAGGGCAUCACGUAAAAGUUUUUCCAGCCGCACAUCACUUGACGAUCCGAAGUCCGUUCAGUCGGUUAGCGAGCGACUGGCAGAAAAAUCCAAGUGGGCAAUUGACGACUUUGUUGUGACGAAGAACUUGGGCCAAGGCAAGUUUGGAAACGUGUAUUUGGCGAAGGAGAAGUGCACAAACGUUUCAGUUGCUCUCAAGGUCAUUUUCAAGUCACCACUGGUGCAUAACGGAGAUACCAGUAACCUAAAGCGCGAGGUCGAAAUUCAAGUGCGACUUCGCCACCCCAACGUUUUGCGCAUGCACGGCUACUUUUACGACGACUCAUGCAUAUAUUUGGUGCUCGAAUAUGCGCCUUAUGGAGAACUAUACAAGGAGUUAGCCAGAGGGAAAUAUUUUUCCGAUGACAUGGCUGCACAUUAUGUGGCACAAGUAAUUGAAGCUCUGAACUACUGUCACAGCUGCAACGUGAUUCACCGGGAUAUCAAGCCUGAAAACCUCCUGUUAGGGUACAACAAAACCAUCAAACUUGCUGAUUUUGGGUGGUCAGUGCAUGCGCCUAGCCCCUACAAUCUUCGCAAGACAUUCUGCGGGACUCCAGAUUAUCUGAGCCCGGAAAUAGUGAUGGGAGAGUCAUACGACUAUCGGACAGACUCUUGGAGUCUAGGUGUGCUAACGUAUGAGCUGCUAGUUGGUUCGACGCCGUUUCACUGCACAAAUCAGAUGGAUAUGUAUCAGCGAAUUCGACUCGUCGAUUACCACUUUCCGCCGAUGCCAGUGAUUUGUGAUAGCGCAAAGAGCUUUAUUGCCGGAUUACUCAAACGAAAGCCGAAUGAUCGAAUGAGAUUGGAAGAUGCAUUCAAACACCCGUGGAUUCACAGUCGCCAUUCGAAGUAA